AUGGCGCAGAGCAUACGGGCUAUGAGAAGACCCAAGAGCAAAAGGGUCAAUUGGGACACCGUGGAUAUCGGCAACGGUGAGAAGGGCGAGCUCGGAGAGGGAUGGGCGUGCGAUUGGAAGAGACUCACGACAGAUUUCGAGCCUGCCAAAGACCAGCCUUCAACCGGGAAUACGGGCGCUGAGGUCGGAGACGCACCGGCUGACCGGCCGAACAUUGAACAUUGCACCCUCGCGGACGCUCGAGCGUAUUUGCAGUCCACUGCUCAGAGCGACUCGCGGCCUUGGCCCAGCAAUUGUCUGGUCACUGUCCGAGUGGACUUGCUCAACCGCGGCGUGCCUACAGCUUGUGCACGAAUCUAUCGCUUGCCUACUGGUCCCAAGAACAGCGAGCUGCGCAAACAAUGGCUAGCUCUUCAUCCCAAGAACCAGGUCAAACAGCGUGGGCCGAAGCAUGGCCUGCCUCGCUUGCCAAAAGACGCUCCGGCUCAUCUCGUGCAGCGUAGACUCGUACGUUCGCUGAUCGAGCCGCCCAAGGUUGGCGAGGACGCAUAUCCUGUCUGUCCCUCUGAAGAGGACCUCAUUGGCUUCGUCACCACCGGCAAUUACCAUCUCGGGGAAGGUCAAGGUACCGACAUUGGCAGCAUUCUACUGGAAAGAGUGCGUGGAGAUGGGGAGGAGAACAGGCUGUGCAUUGUCAGAAACGCUGGGACUGGAAUCGGAAGAUUGGCGAGAUGGGAUCUUGUAUGA